AUGCAAUCUGGAAGCCACAUCAUAUACGCAACCGGUUAUGGUGGUAUCUCCUCACUGAGCUCAACAAACCAGGAUAAUGGAGGCAUGAGGCCCACAAACACUGCAGCAGGUGCUCCUCUUACGCUAUCAGCCCUAUUGUCCGGUCAUUCUUCUACUGACCAAAUGAGCCACGCCAACCAAAUUCCCACGUCUACGGGUAUUUAUCGUGAUGAAGCAAUAUUUACGCCCCACAGUGAGAUUGGCAUUCCGUUUUCAAAUCCGACUCCAAGUUCAGAGGAGAGUAUUGCGACUUCAAGUCCUUCUGCUGCAAAUGAGCGGCGAAGGAAGUGCUCACCACACAAUCGAACGCAAACUGUGAUCCUAGAAGCGAAAUUUCAAGAAAUCAAAUAUAUCGAGCGCAACCUUGUUGAAGAGUUUAAUAAACAAACUGGUUUAAAUCCAUCAAAGGUAAGUCUCGAAAUUUGA